AUGCAGAGGCCAUUUGUGGCCACAUUCAAAAUGGCGGAAACUCGGAGCCAGGGACGCAGACGUUCGCGGAAGCGGAAAUGCGCUUGUUGCCUACAUGUGCUGCUCUAAAAGUGGAGAAAACCGUGCGGAGUUCAGAAGCGUCUUUCCAACCCUAGGACUCAUUGAGAGGCAUUCCAUUCCGCCAUGGGCAAGAAAGGGAAAGUAGGCAAGAGCCGGCGGGACAAAUUCUACCAUUUGGCCAAGGAGACCGGUUAUCGUUCGCGCUCGGCUUUCAAGCUGAUCCAGCUCAAUCGCCGCUUUCAGUUCCUGCAGAAAGCCCGGGCCUUGCUGGACCUGUGUGCUGCACCUGGAGGAUGGCUGCAGGUGGCUGCAAAGUUUAUGCCUGUGUCCAGUCUUAUUGUGGGAGUAGACCUGGUUCCAAUCAAGCCUCUUCCCAAUGUGGUGACUCUCCAGGAAGACAUCACAACAGAACGCUGUAGGCAGGCUCUGAGGAAGGAGCUGAAGACCUGGAAAGUUGACGUUGUGCUCAACGAUGGGGCCCCCAACGUUGGGGCAAGCUGGGUCCACGAUGCUUACUCACAAGCUCACUUGACACUGAUGGCUCUGCGUUUGGCUUGUGAUUUUUUGGCUCGAGGUGGCUGUUUCAUCACAAAGGUCUUCCGUUCCCGUGACUAUCAGCCCCUGCUAUGGAUCUUUCAGCAGCUGUUCCACCAUGUCCAGGCCACCAAGCCCCAAGCCUCUCGCCAUGAAUCUGCAGAAAUCUUUGUAGUCUGCCAGGGAUUCCUGGCUCCUGACAAGGUUGAUGGUAAAUUCUUUGAUCCCAAGUUUGCCUUUAAGGAGGUUGAAGUUCAGGCUAAGACUGUUACUGAGUUGGUGACUAAGAAGAAGCCAAAGGCUGAAGGUUAUGCCGAAGGUGACUUCACUCUUUAUCACCGAACCUCAGUCACUGACUUCUUGCGAGCUGUCAAUCCUGUUGACUUCCUCUCUAAGGCCAGCGAAAUUUCAAUAGAUGAUGAAGAGUUGGCACACCAUCCAGCCACAACUGAGGACAUACAAGCCUGCUGCCAGGACAUCAAAGUGCUGGGACGCAAGGAGCUCAGGUCUUUACUAAAUUGGAGAACAAAGCUUAGGCGGUAUGUGGCCAAGAAGCUGAAAGAGCAAGCAAAGGCCCUAGACAUCAGCCUCAGCUCAGAAGAGGAAGAAGGUGAUGAAGAAGAGCCAGCAGCUGAGACAAAGAAGGUGUCUAAGGAGGAAGAGGAGGAGGAACAGCUUAACCGGACCCUGGCAGAAAUGAAGGCCCAGGAGGUAGCAGAGCUAAAGAGGAAGAAAAAGAAGCUGCUGCGUGAGCAGAGAAAGCAGCGUGAGCGCAUAGAACUGAAGAUGGAUUUGCCUGGGGUUUCCAUUGCAGAUGAGGGGGAGACUGGCAUGUUCUCCCUACGUACCAUCCGGGGUCAGCAGUUGUUAGAGGAAGUAACACAAGGGGACAUGAGUGCUGCAGACACGUUUCUAUCUGAUCUGCCAAGGGAUGACAUCUAUGUGUCAGAUGCUGAGGAUGAUGAUGAAGAUACUUCUCUGGAAAGUGAUCUGGAUCCAGAGGAGCUGGCAGGAGUCCAGGGACAGUCGGGUCUGAAGGACCAAAAGUGCUCACCGUUUGCUCAAAUAGAUGAUGAAAAAGAGGAAGAGGAGGAAGAGAAUCCAUUGCUGGUACCACUGGAGGGAAAGGCAGUGCUGCAGGAAGAACAAGCUAGCCUGUGGUUCUCAAAGGAUGGCUUCAGUGGGAUUGAGGAUGAUGCUGAUGAGGCCCUAGAGAUCAGUCAGGCCCAGCUGUUGUAUAAGAGCCAUCAGAAGGGGAAGCAGCAGCCACCUCCACCUAGUUUGAAGACUGAGAGGAAACCUGUCCAGUACCAGAAUGAGGUCCCUAAGGAGACUGAGGCUAUUUCAGGGACAGAAGCUACCAUUGACCCUGGAGAAGACCGAGAUGACAGCUCAGACAGUGACACUAGUAGCAGUGAGGAUGAAGAAAGUUGGAAAACAUCCCAUGGCAUGAAACGAAGCCGUGGGCCUAAGUUGGAUGAUGGGUUUGAAGUAGUACCUAUUGAGGACCCAGUAAAACAUCGGAUUCUGGACCCCGAAGGCCUUGCUCUAGGUGCUGUAAUUGCCUCUUCGAAAAAGGCCAAGAGAGACCUCAUAGAUAACUCCUUCAACCGGUAUGCAUUUAAUGAAGAUGAGGGGGACCUCCCAGAGUGGUUUGUACAGGAAGAGAAGCAGCACCGGAUACGCCAGCUGCCUAUUGACAAGAAGGAGGUAGAGCAUUACCGAAAACGCUGGCGGGAAAUCAAUGCACGACCUAUCAAAAAAGUGGCUGAGGCUAAGGCCAGAAAGAAACGAAGGAUGCUGAAGAAGCUGGAGCAGACCAAGAAGAAGGCAGAGGCUGUGGUGAACACAGUGGAUAUUUCAGAACGAGAAAAGGUGGCACAGCUGCGAAGUCUCUACAAGAAGGCUGGGCUUGGCAAGGAGAAGCGCCAGGUUACCUAUGUAGUAGCCAAAAAAGGUGUAGGGCGUAAGGUGAGGCGGCCAGCUGGAGUCAGAGGUCAUUUCAAGGUAGUAGACUCUAGGAUGAAAAAGGACCAGAGAGCACAGCAACGCAAGGAGCAGAAGAAAAAAUACAAACACAAGUGAGCACAGCUCCCCAGAUCUCUGCAAAGACUAAAGAAAGACUAGAAAGGAGGAGUGGCGUAGGUCACUGUGGCAGCUUUGGUGCCUGCUGUUGUUGCUCAGAAGAUGGGGAGAUAUUGGGUACCUAUAAUUCUGUAAUAUUCUUGAACAGUGGCCUGAAGGACGGUCUCCCAUAAAAGCACCAAGAAUCAUCUUUUUCAUGAUAGGACCUCCUUCCCCCAAACUUCCAUGAAGAACUUGAGAAGGAAACUAAGGGGCAAUUCCAUGAAUGUGGCCUUUGUUGUAGCCUAUUCUUGGCAUGUGGCCUUUUGGAGAGUCCUCCCCCUUUUCCCAUUAUUAGCUUAAUAAAAUGAUGAUAGAAGA